AUGGCAGAAGCAGAGAGGCGUUUUUUGGACGCUGUGGAAAAGGCAUACAACGACAGGUCCCCCACGCUUUACUUCAGCUACGAUGAGGAUCUGGAGGCCAUCCCGGUGGCCAUCAAGGCGCUUCGUGAGACCCUUGAGGUGCUGCAUGUGGACAACAGCUACUCUCUCAAGUGGCUUCCCCCCGCGAUUGGGGACCUCGGCCGGCUCCGCUGGCUCAAUGUGAGCUACUGUCGACUGAAUUUUCUUCCGAUAGAACUUGGGCGUCUUUCUCACCUGGAGCGUCUGUACCUGAGCAACAAUCGGCUCCAGUCGCUGCCAAUGGAAUUCUGGCAGUUAAAGAGUCUUGAGGAAUUGCGGCUGGACAACAACAAACUACGCGUUCUUCCUGGUGGUAUUCUUUUUUUGCCACGACUGGAGACUUUGACGCUGGAGAACAAUCCGCUUUUAACUCCAGAGGAAGUUUUGGGCGCAGCCCCGGCGACCCUCGUCCCCCACAUUAUGUGCGUUGACUGCUCCAACUGCUGCGUGCGGCUAAGGAACUACGAGGUGCUUAUAACAUUCCACAACAUUGCCGCACUGCAGUCUGUUCCCUUUGUGCAUUGCCUCUGCUCGCAGACGUGCAAGCAGCACUUAGAGGUCCGUUUAGCGGAGUACGACGCGUUACAUUCUUCUGUGAAGCCGUCGUCGCCUUCGUCGUAA